UUAUAAAAUGCUGCUGUCCAGGGGUUAGUGCAUGUUCACGGUGCAUGGUGGGACUUGCUUCAGUGGAGAAAGCCGGCAAAAAGACAGAACAGAGGGACUGGAGAGCGGAGGAGGAGAGCACUGUUCCAGAGGACUCCCCUGCUCUUGCUGCUGUCAAUGCACGGUUAAACCCUUCAAUGUCUUCAUUCCUGUCGGGUCCUUAGAUGAGCUAAGUUCAUGUCUGCCGGCGUGAAUGAUAGUGAGAGGGGGGCUGUCUCCAUCCCCUCCUCCAUCCCCCCUUUCUUCCACUCUCAGCUAUCUCCCUCUGCAGACCUUGCAGUGGCCAUCUUCCUCAUAACAACAGGUGUGGUGUCAGUGGUGGGCAAUGGGGUGGUGCUGCUGGUGCUGGGGAAGAAGGGGAAGAGGCUCCGCCCCCACGACCUAAUGACCAUUAACCUGGCCGUGUGCGAUUUUGGAUACAGCCUCUUUGGUUCUCCCUUCUUCAUAACGUCCAGCCUAUCUCAUGCCUGGGUGUUUGGAGAGUCUGGGUGUCUGUUCUAUGGGAUCCAAGGCUUUGUGUUUGGCAUUGGGUCCCUCAUCACCACCUGCCUCAUCUCGCUAGAUCGUGCAUUCAAGAUCUGCAGCAUCAAGUACGGCCAGUGGAUUGAGCGGAGUCAUGCAUCACUGUCCAUUGUGCUGGUCUGGGUCUACACCCUCUUCUGGAGCCUUCUGCCCAUGUUGGGUUUUGGGAGCUACGGACCAGAGCCAUAUGCAACCAGCUGCACCAUUAACUGGUGGAUGAUGAAGUCUUCCCUGAACGACAGGAUCUACAUCUUCCUCAUCCUCACCCUGUGCUUCGUAGGGCCCACCCUCGUCAUCGUCACCUGCUACCUUGCCAUCAUGAUGACGGUGUAUCGGUCAAACCGUAUGCUGGCAUCCAUCUCGUCAUCUGCAAGCACACACAGCAGCAAGGAGUUAAGACUUACAAAGACUGCUGCAGUGGUCUGCCUGUCCUUCCUGCUGGCCUGGACGCCGUACGCUAUCAUUUCUUUCUACUCUGCACUGACAGCCAAGGAGGAAGUGGGGGAUGACCCAGAGAUGCUGCGGGCUGAAAGCUCCACUUCACCCACAGCGCCCGCCACAACCCCCAGGCUGUCUGACUUCCUGGCCCUCCCCAACCUCCUCAACUGGACCUCCUCCUCAUCCUCCUCCUCCUCCUCCUCUCAAGAUGUCAGCAGCACCUUCCAACAGUCUGCAAAUGCGUUGACAACCAACGCAACAGUCCACCGCUUCAAACUGGGCUUGAACCCGACAUUGGGCUCUGGUUCGCAACAAGGAACCGUGCGGGUGGUGUCAAAUCUGCGGCCAGAGAUGACCCUGAUUCCGGCCAUGUUUGCCAAGUCCCACUGUAUGGUCAACCCAUUCAUCUACCAGAUUAUGAACCGGGAGUUCCGGGAGGACGUGUACUACAUGUUCUGUGGGAGAGGGCUGGAGAGACACAGGACCAGCAGGAGGGGAAGAGGACGGAGCGACUCUGAAUUCUACCGGAGCAGUAUCAGCCUGUCGUACUGCCACAGCUGGAGGAGGAGGAGCACCUCGGCCACGGCGACCAGCCUGGAAAGCAGCAGGAAAGGCCUGAAGAAGAGCUCCAGCGCUGGGGGCAGCGAGAGCGAGAGCAGGGCCCAUGAUACCCACCGCGGGUCCUGGCAGAGCAGCGUGAGCAGCAGUGACGGCUGGGCCUCCCUGGAUGUGAACACCAUGGACACUCACAUCAACAUAGUAGAGAGGGACAGGGCAAACGAGAUGGGUAGGGGGGCUAAGAAAGAGCAGGUGGGUCCACCCCUAGCAGUCUGUUAUAACCUGUGAAGGAUGACGGAGUGGUGAUGGGUGGUGG